AUCAGGAGUGCCUAAGUGGCAGGUUCGAACUGCAGAGAUUGGUCGUCACCGAAUCCUGACAGUUGAAGCUCUCGUCCUGGACAAAGCCGGAGCCAUUGGAGACCUUGGCCAAGGCUUUUCAGGACCCUUCCUGGAGAGGCCGGAUACUCCCAGGGCCGGAAAGAGGGGAGAGGAAGGGGAGGGUAAGUGUCUCUCUAGUGGUCGAGUAGUCGACCAGCAGAGAGGACACAUUACCCAUGUAAGGAGGAAACUGAUCAUGUAAACCAGCAGGGCUAAAGGAUCAUGUGAGCCAGCAGGGCUCUGAUUGAUUUUGAAGCCAGCUUCAUAAGGCUACUGGACAAAAUAACUAAUGGUUCUCGAAUUGAAAUAAACCAAACAGGAACGACCUUAUAUUAUCAACCUGGCCUCCUAUAUGGUGGAUCCUUGGAACAUGACUGUAGUGUCCUUCGUGGCAUUGGCUAUUAUCUGGAGGGUCUUCUUUGCCUGGCACCAUUUAUGAAGCACCCAUUAAAAAUAGUACUGCGAGGAGUGACCAAUGACCAAGUUGACCCUUCGGUUGAUGUUCUUAAGGCAACAGCUCUCCCUCUGUUGAAACAGUUUGGGAUUGAUGGUGAAUCCUUUGAACUAAAGAUUGUGCGUCGAGGAAUGCCCCCUGGGGGAGGAGGUGAAGUGAUUUUCUCAUGUCCUGUAAAGAAGGCCCUGAAGCCUAUCCAGCUCACAGAUCCAGGAAAAAUUAAACGUAUCAGAGGAAUGGCGUACUCUGUACGUGUAUCACCUCAGAUGGCAAACAGGAUCGUGGAUUCUGCAAGGGGCAUCCUCAACAAGUUCAUACCUGAUAUCUAUAUUUACACAGAUCACAUGAAAGGAGUCAACUCUGGGAAGUCUCCAGGUUUUGGGUUGUCACUGGUUGCUGAGACCACCAAUGGCACCUUCCUUGGUGCUGAACUGGCCUCCAACCCACAGGGCCAAGGAGCAGCUGUGCUUCCAGAGGACCUUGGCAAGAACUGUGCCAGGCUUCUGCUCGAAGAAAUCUACAGGGGUGGAUGUGUGGACUCGACAAAUCAAAGUCUGGCUCUAUUGCUAAUGACCCUUGGACAGCAGGAUGUUUCCAAAGUUCUGCUAGGACCACUCUCUCCUUAUACGAUAGAAUUUUUGCGGCACUUGAAGAACUUUUUCCAGAUUAUGUUUAAAAUUGAAACCAAGCCGUGUGGUGAAGAACUUAAAGGUGGGGAUAAAGUGCUGAUGACCUGUGUGGGCAUUGGCUUCUCCAACCUUAGCAAGACUCUCAAGUGAUACUGUCACAAGAUAAAGCCCCAUUACCUACAGAAGCUGCCAAAGACACCAAAGGGACUAAGUCCACAUGUAUUGAUCCAGAGCAGGAUAGCCACUUAUAUUAAGGAUUUCCUACUAAAAUAUCAAUAUGCAAAUAAAAGGCAUCUCUCUGCUGUGUGGAUUCCAGUUAUUUCUUCAGUGGCAUUGACAUUCAUUGGAGGCCUGGUCGAAGUACAUGUUCCCUGGCUGACCUAGAGGAACAGUGUCCUCAAGACAUGAUCACGCUUCUAAAUCAGUAUCACAGAAGCAUUCUGUACUUUUUCAGCUCACAUUCAUGGACUUCUGGGCUGCAGCUAUCUUCCAGACCUGUGGAAUCUGUUACCUUUCUUUUUGCAAGGACCCUCCUCUUUGACCGUGGUAUCUAUUGUAGGGAUUAAAUGCAACAAUAUGUGUGGGAGCUC